UUCUCUUAGCUUUGCCUUAUUAAAAUAACAAUUGAAGAUUCCGUAACUAUGGUUGGAGCCAGAUAUUUACUUCCAUGGCCCCAGUUCGCUGGUCUUCCUCUCGAGUCAGCGACCGGAAUGUGUGGUUCAGAGCAACCAGAGAACAGAAUAUCUACACACGAUUGAUUGGAAUUUGGAAACUGCAAACCAGUAGCGCAAUGGCUCCUGCCAAGGAUCGCCUCCACAACCUUCUGGUCCUGCUCUUGUUCAUAGGUUGCCUCUUCAUAGAUGCUGCCGCCAAGCUUAACACCACAGCGCCUUGCCUCCCGGAUCAAGCUUCUUCCCUCCUCCGGCUAAAAGCUUCCUUCAUCGGUGACAACCUACCAUCAUGGCAAGCUGCAACAGAUUGUUGCCACUGGGAGGGCGUCACCUGCGACAUGGCCUUUGGAAGAGUCAUUUCUCUUGACCUCAGUGAGUUCCACCUAAUGAGCAGGCGUCUUGAUCCUGCGCUCUUCAACCUCACCUCUCUCAGGAACCUCAGCCUUGCAUCUGUUGACUUCAGUGGAUAUUUCAUUUCGCUCCCGGCUUUUGGGUUUGAGCGGCUCACGGAUAUCAUUUACCUCAACCUCUCUGAUACCGGUUUUAAGGGUAAGAUCCCAAUUGGAAUUGCGUGCCUCAAGAACCUUGUGACCAUUGACUUGUCUGGUAAUUACAACUUGUAUUUUGAACGGCCAAGUUUCCAAACCAUCAUGGCAAAUAUGAGCAAUCUGAGGGAGCUUUAUCUUGAUGAAGUGGGUUUACAGGACAUCGGAUCGGAUUGGUCCACUGUUUUAGCAGACUCCGUUCCCCAGCUACAGAUUCUUAGUUUGUCCCGCUGUGAUAUAUCAGGUUCUAUCCACCCUUCAUUCUCAAGGCUUCGCUCACUUACAGCGAUCAACCUCGGAUACAAUGAUGGACUCACCGGCGGCAAAGUCCCGGAGUACUUUUCUGAACUAUCUUCCUUGACCAUUUUAGACAUAUCAGGAAAUCAAUUUGAAGGGCAAUUUCCAACAAAAAUAUUCCAGCUAAAAAGUUUGAGGACGCUUGAUUUGUCCUGGAACCCCAUGCUUUCUACGAGAUUAACAUAUUUCCCAGCUGGAAACAAUUUGGAAGUACUAAAUCUAGAAGGGACCAAUUUCUCUUAUGACACGCCAUCCUCGUUUGGUAAUCUCGAGUCUUUACAGACAUUGGGGCUUAGCACGAUGGGCAUUGAUAAUGAACUCGCCUCUUUGAUAUCUGAGCUUCCAGCAUUGGAUGACCUGCAACUCUUUGGGUCAGGUUUGGAGAACCCGGUAUUAUCUUGGGUCAGCAAUCUUACCCAAUUGACAAACCUGCAGCUUGAUGGUUAUGACUUCACUAAAUCGGUUCCCACUUGGAUCGGCAAAUUGACAAGGCUGGAAAGUUUGACGAUAGAGGAUUGCAGUUUCUCCGUGCCAAUACCAUACCAGAUUAGAAAUCUUACUAAAUUGGCAGCGCUGCAGUUCUCAGGUUGCGACUUCGCUGAGCAAAGAAUGCCAUCAUGGAUAGGCAAUCUUACAAAGUUGACUUCUUUGGUCAUUGGUGGUUGCAGUUUAUCUGGGCCAAUACCCUCAACAAUUGGGAACCUGAUCCAACUUGAAGAGUUGAAGUUCUCCUAUACUGACAUCAGCGGAAAAAUUCCGAAGUCUUUGUUCACUCUUCCAGGCCUGCAGCAUCUUCAUCUAAUUAAGAAUCAGCUUGUUGGCUCACUAGAAGACAUUCCUGCUCCUUUAUCGUCACCAUUGCGGGAGAUUGAUUUAGGAGGUAAUCAAUUGACAGGCCCAAUACCAAAAUCACUUUUUCAGCUCACGAAUCUUGAGCGUCUCAGUCUUGAAUCGAAUAAAUUGACAGGCACAAUAGAACUUGGCUCUAUAUGGAGGUUGAAAAAUCUCACUUAUCUUAACCUGGGUAACAAUUUGAUAUCACUCGUAGAAAAAGAAGGUGAUAUGAUAUUCUCUUAUUCCCUUAAAAUCCAAGAGUUAUACCUUCCAUCUUGCAACCUUACAAAAUUUCCGGAAUCAUUAAAAUAUCUUGACACUAUUCAAGUUCUCGACCUUUCUAAUAACCAAAUCGAAGGGGCCAUACCUAGUUGGGUGUGGGAGAAUCCCCUUGUUGAGUUGGAGCUCUCACGCAACAUGUUUACUACUUUAGAGAAGUCUCCUGCUGUUCAGAUGACACAUUUAGUUUUUCUUAAUCUCAGUGUUAAUAGAAUUCAAGGAAGCAUACCAAUACCAUCAACUCCAUCCGACCUGGUUCUGUUGGAUUACUCAAAUAAUGAUUUCUCUACCAUUGAACCUAACUUUGGCAGGUAUCUUAGAAAUGCCAUCUACAUCAAUUUGUCAAAAAAUAAAUUAAGUGGCCAUGUACCACUUUCAUUUUGUAGUUUAAGCCAACUUGAGCUCAUGGACUUAUCUUACAAUAACUUUAGUGGACCAAUUCCAUCAUGUCUUAUGGAAAGAGUUGACCUGAGCAUAUUGAAGUUAAGAGGAAACAAAUUACAUGGCGUGCUACCUGAAAAUAUUAGAGAAGGAUGUAAGCUUCAGACAAUUGAUUUCAAUGAAAAUCAAAUUGAAGGUGCGCUACCUAGAUCACUAGCAAAUUGCCAAGACUUAGAGGUUCUUGAUGUUGGCAGUAAUCAUAUUGUAGAUUCAUUUCCAUCAUGGAUGGGUACUCUUCCAAAGCUUCGAAUUCUUGUGUUGAGAUCUAACCAACUGUAUGGCACUAUAAGGGAUCUUCGCAGUGGCUACCAACACUUCACAAGUUUGCAAAUAGUUGAUUUGGCCUCCAACCAUUUCUCUGGUGUCUUACAUUCUGAAUGGUUUGAGAAUUUUAUUUCAAUGAUGAAUAACAACAAUGAUGAGGGGCAGAUAUUAGAGCACGAAACAAAUGCAUCACGGGCACCAUUGUAUCAAGAUACUGUCACUAUCACAUUCAAAGAUGCUGAUUUAAGCAUCACCAAAAUCCUUACUACUUUCAAAGUAAUUGAUUUGUCAAAUAACUCAUUUGAGGGUUCCAUUCCAAGUUCAAUUGGAAGGCUUGCUUCACUUCACGGACUUAACAUGUCGCACAAUAACUUCACGGGAGAAAUUCCAUCACAACUUGGGAGGUUAACAAGGUUGGAAUCAAUAGAUCUCUCUUGCAACAAUCUCUCGGGAGAAAUUCCACAGGAGUUUACCUCCCUAACUUCUCUUUCCUGGUUGAACCUUUCGUAUAACAACUUGACGGGAAGAAUACCGCAGGGAAACCAAUUCUUGUCAUUUCCCAGCAGUUCGUUUGAAGGCAAUGCUGGUCUAUGUGGAAUUCAGCUUUCCAAGGAAUGUGACACUCGUCCAGAUUCAACCACCCCAAGCACAUUGGCUCCACAACGCAAUACUUUGUGGCAGGAUAGACUUGAUGCCAUCAUUUUGUUCCUCUGUGCUGGCUUGGGCUUUGGCGUGGGUUUUGCAUUGGCAAUCAUAUUCGGUCCCUUUUACCACAUAGAAGAAUGGCUUUGCAAGCAUUUGUAAUAGUAAUAUAAGUUUUCAACAAGAAUAAUUAUGUAUGUUUGUCUUGUUCUCGUUAUUAGAUGAGACAUUUUAAAUCCACUCAGUUGUAAUUACGUUGUAACUAGUCCAUCAACCCGUACUUCCACAUGAGCUAGUA